GAUGGGUGGGAGCCCACUGCGCUUUUUAAAAGCUGCACGUCUGCUUAGAGUACACAGAAAUCCUGGCACACAAAACAGUAGCACCCGAGGGAGGGGAGGUCGCCGCGUUUCACACCUGCUUCUCCUCCGGGACCGGCGCCCUCGCCCGCUGCGCACGCGCGUCACCCUGGCCCAGUGCGCACGCGCGCUGCUGCCCGUCUGGCCCCGCAGGCUCGGUGAAUCGAACGUUGAGCAGGGCGGUGGGUGGUGCGGAGUGCCGAGCGGCCUCACCCCCAACCGUCGGCCCAGUCGGACGGUUCUGAGGCGUUGCCGGGAGCCGGGCGCGGCUCUGUGUGGACUCGGAGAAACGCGGGGCGUCUGCCUGAGCCCGCUUUUCUACAAGAUGUGGGGAUUUUUGAAGCGCCCUGUAGUGGUGACGGCUGACAUCAACUUGAGCCUUGUGGCCCUGACUGGGAUGGGGUUACUGAGCCGGCUGUGGCGACUCACCUACCCGCGGGCUGUGGUUUUUGACGAAGUAUAUUAUGGGCAGUACAUCUCUUUUUACAUGAAACAAAUCUUCUUCUUGGAUGACAGUGGGCCGCCAUUUGGCCACAUGGUGCUGGCCUUGGGAGGUUAUUUAGGAGGAUUCGAUGGCAAUUUUUUGUGGAACAGAAUUGGAGCAGAAUACAGUAGCAACGUGCCUGUGUGGUCCCUGCGCCUGCUGCCAGCACUCGCGGGGGCCUUGUCGGUCCCCAUGGCCUACCAGAUAGUGUUGGAGCUCCACUUUUCUCAUUGUGCCGCCAUGGGAGCUGCUCUGUUGAUGCUUAUCGAGAAUGCUCUCAUCACUCAGUCAAGGCUAAUGCUUUUGGAAUCAGUGUUAAUAUUUUUCAAUCUGUUGGCCGUGUUGUCCUACCUGAAGUUCUUCAACUGCCAAAAGCACAGCCCUUUUUCUCUGAGCUGGUGGUUCUGGCUAACACUGACAGGGGUCGCUUGUUCCUGCGCAGUGGGCAUCAAGUACAUGGGUGUGUUCACAUACGUGCUCGUGCUGGGUGUUGCAGCUGUCCAUGCCUGGCACCUGAUUGGAGACCAGACUUUGUCCAAUGUAGGUGCUGAUGUCCAGUGCUGCAUGAGGCCGGCCUGUAUGGGGCAGAUGCGGAUGUCACAGGGGGUCUGUGUGUUCUGUCACUUGCUCGCCCGAGCAGUGGCUUUGCUGGUCAUCCCGGUCGUCCUGUACUUACUGUUCUUCUACGUCCACUUGAUUCUAGUCUUCCGCUCUGGGCCCCACGACCAAAUCAUGUCCAGUGCCUUCCAGGCCAGCUUAGAGGGAGGACUAGCUCGGAUCACCCAGGGUCAGCCACUGGAGGUGGCCUUCGGGUCCCAGGUCACUCUGAGGAACGUCUUUGGGAAACCUGUGCCCUGCUGGCUUCAUUCCCACCAGGACACCUACCCCAUGAUAUAUGAGAACGGCCGAGGCAGCUCCCACCAGCAACAGGUGACCUGUUACCCCUUCAAAGACGUCAAUAACUGGUGGAUUGUAAAGGAUCCCAGGAGGCACCAGCUGGUGGUGAGCAGCCCUCCGAGACCUGUGAGGCAUGGGGACAUGGUGCAGCUGGUCCACGGCAUGACCACCCGCUCCCUGAACACGCAUGAUGUUGCAGCUCCCCUGAGCCCCCAUUCACAGGAGGUCUCCUGCUACAUUGACUAUAACAUCUCCAUGCCCGCCCAGAACCUCUGGAGACUGGAAAUUGUGAACAGAGGAUCUGACACAGACGUCUGGAAGACCAUCCUCUCAGAGGUCCGCUUUGUGCACGUGAACACUUCCGCUGUCUUAAAGCUGAGUGGGGCUCACCUCCCUGACUGGGGGUAUCGGCAGCUGGAGAUCGUCGGGGAGAAGCUGUCCCGGGGCUACCACGGGAGCACGGUGUGGAACGUGGAGGAGCACCGAUACGGCGCGAGCCAGGAGCAGAGGGAGCGGGAACGGGAGCUGCACUCACCUGCGCAGGUGGACGUCAGCAGGAACCUCAGCUUCAUGGCGAGAUUCUCGGAGCUGCAGUGGAGGAUGCUGGCGCUGAGAAGUGAUGACUCGGAACACAAGUACAGCUCCAGCCCGCUGGAGUGGGUCACCCUGGACACCAAUAUUGCCUACUGGCUGCACCCCAGGACCAGCGCUCAAAUCCACCUACUUGGAAACAUAGUGAUCUGGGUUUCGGGCAGCCUCGCUCUGGCCAUCUACGCCCUGCUGUCCUUGUGGUACCUGCUCCGACGGCGAAGAAAUGUCCAUGACCUCCCUCAGGCAAAAGAGAGAGAAGAUCCAGCCUGUGGGAGCAGCAGAGUCGGUGUAGCUCGAGCCCUUUCCUAUAGAUGCCUGGCUGCGCUGGGUGCUGGCUGGGGCGCUGUGUGCCGGUGGCUGGGCAGUGAACUACGUCCCGUUCUUCCUGAUGGAGAAGACACUCUUCCUCUACCACUACCUGCCCGCACUCACCUUCCAAAUCCUUCUGCUCCCUGUGGUCCUGCAGCACAUCAGCGACCACCUGUGCAGGUCCCAGCUCCAGAGGAGCGUCUUCAGCGCCCUGGUGGUGGCCUGGUACUCCUCCGCAUGCCACGUAUCCAACACACUGCGCCCACUCACCUACGGCGACAAGUCACUCUCGCCACAUGAACUCAAGGCCCUUCGCUGGAAAGACAGCUGGGACAUCUUGAUCCGAAAACACUAGAACAAGAGUGUGGCAAAGAACACCCGUGCUGGGGUCGGGACGAGGUUGAAGGGUCUUGGUCAAUGUACGUAAUGAGCAGGGUGGACCCACGCUGGGAGGACAUGGGCCAGGCUGAGCAGGGCCUCUACUGGAACGCAUGGGGGUCUCAUUCUUGAAAAGCUCUCUGAUGAGCACCUCCUUCUGUGCAAAGUUAAUUUUUUCUCGACAAUGAAGAUAUUCCCUCCGUGUCUUCACCACUGAACUAAGACACAGGGAGUAUUUCAGAGGCCAGCGUAGGAGUCAUCGACAAAGAAAAGCCGAGAACCCAGGGCCAGCAGUGGAGCCUCAGCAGACCAGGGCCUGGUCCUUGCUAACCGCUGCAGGGUGGAGUUUGAUCUGGCAGAUCCGAUCCUCCUUCGUGAACACCCAGCAACCUGAGCAAGUCCCGGCCCUGCCCUCAGCGAGCCCGGCAGGCGUCCUGGGACAGCUCAGUCUUGUUGGAGGGCCACCUGAACCACAAGCCAGGGCUGGGGCUUGCAUGUCAUUGUCUAUGACAGCGUCAAGACUGGCCCUUGGCACCGUGCUGUGUGGAAACCCUCCCCUCUGAGACUCCACUGAGACGUGGCUGAGUGAAAUCUUCCUCGUCAGUGGUCAAGGUGUGUCAUCCAUACAGCUCCAUGCCUUUACUUUGUCUUUUUUAAUGUAAUUAAAAAAGGAACCAACUGGC